AUGGUCCUUGCUACAAUUGCCGCGGCGCUCAAUUCACCGGUCUAUAUAGACUAUAAUGAAUUAUUCAUAAACAGUAGCAACAUUCUCGCGGUCCCCUAUGAAAAUGUUACUGCCGCUUUCAAGACGCCUGUCUCUAUCUACUCCACAGCUGUAGAUGGCUUCGACUGGACACAGCCGUAUCCAGGCUCCCGCAAAGAUGGCCACACAGUAUACCUGGAGAUCGCUCAGGAGAUGCCCUUGUCUGAAUCUAUCGUGCAAAAUUCAACCACGGUCCUGUCGUCCUUGAUGUUUGGUAUUCCCGACAGCAUGAGCUCCGGGGGUCAGCCACUGGCCAUGGAUCCCUCAUGGUACAUCUGUCGCCAUGUCUUCAUCUCUACCAAGCCCGAGGCGAAGCUGGCGGUCGACAGUGGCAGCAAGUGCGAUUUUCUGUCCCGCACAUGUCAGGACGAUCUCAGGACCAGCCUGACCCAGGAUUGGGGGAAAGCAGCCAACGGCACCAUGUGCUCGGCGCUUGGUUUCGACCCCAUACCACCGAGCUGUCAGGGCUCGUUUGGCUUCGCUCGCCAGGAUGUCAUGGACUUUGACGCCGCGUUCCUCGCAAAUGCUACCCUGGCCCCGGCACAAACGAGCAAAGAGCAGCAGCAGUACAGCUGGCGCCUUGGUACCGGAUACCACCAUCCUGGCGAUGCACGCGCCUACGACUUGGCUGCCAACCGGACUUCCCGAGGUGUCAUUUGGUUGCCUUUCGUCUGGCGCAGGCGACGUCCCACCACCUUCACCUUCUCCAUCAUCAACCACGACCGCGACUACGGCAUCGACGUCUUCAUCUGCCGCCGGUCCAACGCUAAGACCGGCCUGGAUAGCUACAACGGGUGCUAUGCUGGUAUUGGCAACGGACUUGCCCUACUCGGCCGGGCUGACAAUAAUUGGAAUGGGUUCGAGACUAUUCAGGCUGCGGACGUCAAGGCGGGACAGGAGCAUCCAUUGAAAGCAUACUGCUGGGUUGAGUGGCAUUAG